AUGGACCUGUUAAAGACAAUACGCUCGGAAACAUAUUGGAUGCAGCUCGACGAAUGUGAAGUGCUGAAAGUGAGUCCAGUCAGCACUGUGGUGUCGCCGUUCGCGUUGAGCCUGCCUCUGUGCCAGCUGGCUUCGGUGGCGAAAGGACAUGCCAAGGAGGAACUUAUGUCUGCCCUCGGGAUACCGAGAGAAAGUGAGAUUAAAAACUACUACAUCAAUGUCUACAGAGAACUGUUAGUGUUUUUGAGCUCUACCCUCAUGCUGAAGAACAUGAUAUACCUGAACGAUAGCCUGGAGGUGGACCGGGCCGUAAUGAAUGCGUCGAGUUAUUACGGGGUCCGUAUAGACAAAGUCGGGUUUCGGUAUCCGAAAGCAGCAGCCAAGUUUAUGAACCAUUGGUUCGCACAAGAAACACUCUACCGUGUCGCCACUUUGAUUGAUGAAGAAGACAUCGACAAUACAACGUCCAUGGUUAUACUAAACGGCAUAUAUUUUAAAGUCGCAUGGGACCAACCUUUUGACGGUCAGUUUACAAGGCCCCAAAAAUUUUAUGACUUGAGCAACAAAAUUUGGAUGAUCCCAAUGUUUAGCAUAAUUGACAGUUUAAAGUUUUUAGACGAUGUCAACAAUCAUGUGAAGAUUGUAAACCUAAACCUAAUGGCUCCAGGAGCAACCAUAACAUUUUUCCUCCCAGAGAACAGGGCAGGCUUACCAGACCUCAUCAACAAGUUCUCCAAUAACCCUUAUCUGUUGAAGAAGAUGAUGAGCGAGUUGCGAAUAAAAACGAUGCCUAUGAGGUUGUAUCUCCCUAGGAUGAAGAUCAAGACGUACGUCGACUGGACUGGUUUUAUAAGACUGAUAGGCGUUAAUGACAUUUUCUCUGUAAACGACUCUGGUUUAGAAGGGAUGCUGGAAAAGGACUCGAAGGGCAAAGUGUACCUGAGUAAGGCGAAGCAAAAGGUCUUCCUGGAAAUGGACGAGACGGGGAUGACGUGGUUUCAGAACCCAGUUAAUACAGACAAAGAACGGGCCGCUCGCGAGUUCGCCGAGUUCGGAGACAACCUUGAACAGGUGGUGUUUGACCACCCCUUUCUGUUCGUGGUACAGUUGGCGGGCAAGGGAGAGCCCCACCAUUUGCUGACUGGCGCUUUUUACGGCCCAGAGGAAGAAGAGUAA